AUGCGAACAAUUGAGGAGACCAGGAAGAGAUGGGACAUUUUGUUCUCCGAUCAUGAUACACCUUCCGACCUUCGAGCGGCGCUGCAGUCCGAGCAGGGGGAUCUCUGUAAUGACGGCCUGAGAUCAGUUUGCUGGAAGGCAUUCCUAAUCUUCGACGGUUUGGGUCAAAAUGAUUGGGCGUCCAAACUCGACGAAUCCCGGGACGCGUAUCGUGCUCUACGCGAUCAUUUUUUGAAAUACAUUGAGCAUCCAGACGAUUUGGAAUCGACUGUCGAUCCGCUGGCGGAUGAUGAACAGUCACCGUGGCAAACUCUCCGAAGCGACGAGGCGCUGCGCGCAGAAAUCCUACAAGAUGUCGACCGGUGUUUACAGGAAAACUUUUUCUUCCACGAGCCCGAGACGAAAUCCAAAUUGACCGAUAUCUUGUUCGUCUACUCUAAGCUCAACCCGGACGUGGGCUAUCGGCAAGGAAUGCACGAGCUACUUGCACCCAUCCUUUGGGUGGUUGAUCGAGACUCUGUGGAUUCUCAGUCCAUAGAAUCCGAUCCCAGCAAGAAACAGAGUGACAAACUAAUGCUCCAGCUUCUUGAUCCUCAAUUCGUGGAACACGAUUCUUUCACACUUUUCAUAUCUGUCAUGCAGACAGCUCGCACAUAUUACGAACACGGGGAGGUCAGAUCGGUCAACGGUCAGAUGGGUGUUAUCCCCAUAGUUGAACGGUGUCAAUAUCUGCACAAGGAGGCGUUGACCGUCAUUGAUCACGAACUAGCGACACACUUGGAAGCCAUCGAUAUUUUGCCGCAAAUAUUCCUAACCCGUUGGAUGCGCCUUCUCUUUGGCCGAGAAUUCCCAUUUGACGAUGUCCUGGCAACGUGGGAUCUUUUGUUUGCCCAUGGGAUUAGAUCCGAACUUGUUGAUUUUACGUGCAUUGCAAUGUUGCUCCGAAUUCGUUGGCAAUGUGAGUCCAAUAUGCACAAAGCAUACCUUCCUCGAACCCCACCGUUAACAUACCAUCUAGUACUCGAUGCAGACUAUACCACCGCGCUCACCCUUUUACUUCGAUACCCUUCACCUCAACCGCAUGCCCCUCAGACCUUUGUACAGGAUGCAGUGUAUUUGGAACAGAACCCGACAGCCGACAGAGGUAAUUUUAUCAUAUCGAAAUACUCGGGUAGGCCGCCCGAUUCCCAAAGUCGUGCCCAAUCUGGGUCUCGGCCUACGAAGAGAGCCCCCCUUUGGAACGACUUUAAGAGACGCAGUGAGAGCAGUUCGCCUUCUCACAGUGCCGCUCGAAACACCCCCAAGAGCCUUGAGUCAAUCUUCCAGGACGUUUCUCAGAACAUCCAGCGCCGUACAGAGUCAUGGGGUGUGGCAAAAGCUGUUCGAGGCGCUGUGACUGAAGCCAGGAAAAACAUGCAGACAAUGCACUAUGACCCAAACAUGCGUGCUGCUUCCAGACCAGUUCACACCGAGACAGCUCUCGGAAGUCAACAAAAGGCGUCUGCGGGACUGGAAACAAAGAUCGAUAUUCUUGAAGAAAGAAACAAGGCUCUGGCUUCCACCUUGCGGGAGGCGCUAGAUGAUCUUGGCGUACAGCUGGCCAAAAUCCGCGACUUGGAUACCGACGCCGAAAGUGCCAUCAAAUAUGCCCUGGCUAAAGUUGAGGGCGUGCAGCUUUGCCUGCAAGACCCCUCCCUUACAGCGGAACCGACUGUGGCCAGAGCUGGUGAGGAUUCCGAAAAGGGACCUCUGAGCAAGCCACAAGGCAAAGCCAAUUCGCCUUCUGGCAAUGGGGGAAUUAGUACUCUAAGAAGCAAUUCUCGGUUGCAAACAUCCAAUCCCGAGAACAGGGAUUGGACCGAGCCGACCGCCGAUAGUGGAACCCCCAAGCCCGCCUACUUCGCCACGACAGAUCGGAUGAACACUGGCAGAACAUCCGAGGCCGCGCGGACACCCUCCUCGCGAGCAGCUGUGCGACCCUCCCUCACAGACUCGGGGUUCUCAUGGAUGCUGGGGGGCAGCCGGAACCUCUCGGGGUUUGUGAGCUCAUCGCCCCCACCGGAGCAGACUAGACAUCUCGAUCAAACCCGCAAGCAUCACGCCUCGCUUGGAUCUGGUGGAGAGGACCGCCCAGGAACCAAUGCCGAGCCCAGUGAAUUGGCACUGCACAGCCUUCGGGGCUCCCGGGACCCUCUGUCAGGGGCUGGCCCAUUAUGA